AUGAAGAAAUCACGUGGCCAUAAGUCAGACCACGGAAAAGGAGGAAGAGGCGAUGAGGCAGCCAUCUUGGAGACAGAGGACCUGGACUUCAUGGGAGGGAUGGGAGGGGGAGGGGGAAGAGGUCCUGACCCCGACACCAUCUCCCUGGCCUCAGUCACAGCCGUCACCACUAAUGUCUCCAACAAGAGAUCAAAACCAGACAUUAAGAUGGAACCUAGUGCCGGGAGACCAAUGGAUUUCCAAGUUAGUGUUACCGUCAUAGAGGCCAGGCAGCUAGUAGGGCUGAACAUGGAUCCAGUGGUCUGUGUGGAGAUCGGAGACGAUAAGAAGUACACUCAGAUGAAGGAGUCGACAAACUGCCCAUACUACAAUGAGUAUUUUGUCUUUGACUUCCACGUCCCACCUGAUGUUAUGUUUGAUAAGAUCCUGAAGCUGUCGGUAAUCCACUCCAAGAACCUCCUGCGCAGUGGGACUCUGGUUGGCUCUUUCAAACUGGAUGUAGGCACUGUCUACUCGCAUCCAGAACACCAGUUUUUCCACAAAUGGGCCCUUCUCUCUGACCCUGAUGACAUCACUGCCGGGUGCAAAGGUUACAUUAAAUGUGACAUCGCCGUCGUGGGGAAAGGAGACAACAUCAAGACUCCACACAAGGCCACCGAAACCGAUGAAGAUGACGUAGAAGGUAACCUCCUGUUACCUGAGGGGGUUCCCGCAGAGCGUCAGUGGGCUCGCUACUAUGUGAAGAUCUACAGAGCUGAGGGCCUUCCUAAGAUGAACACCAGCAUUAUGGCUAAUGUCAAGAAGGCUUUCAUUGGGGAGAACAAGGACCUUGUGGACCCUUAUGUACAAAUACUCUUUGCUGGCCAGAGGGGGAAAACGUCUAUCCAGAAGAGCAGCUACGAGCCAAUCUGGAACGAGCAGAUCGUCUUCACUGAGAUGUUUCCACCGCUCUGCAAACGCAUGAAGGUCCAGAUCCGAGACUCGGACAAAGUGAACGACGUGGCCCUCGGAACACACUUCAUUGACCUGAGAAAGAUCGCCAAUGAUGGAGACAAAGGCUUCCUUCCCACCCUGGGUCCGGCUUGGGUGAACAUGUAUGGCUCCACUCGUAGCUACACCAUCAUGGACGAGCACCAGGACCUGAACGAGGGUCUGGGGGAGGGGGUGUCCUUCAGAGCCCGCCUGCUGGUCAGCCUGGGUGUGGAGAUCCUGGACACCUCCUCCCCGGAUAUCAUGAGCUCCACCGAGGUGCAGGUGGAGGGGGUGCCUAACAUCUCAGAGAGCGCCACAGGGAAAGUAGAGGAGUUCUUCCUCUUCGGGGUGUUCCUGGAGGCCACCAUGAUUGACAGGAAGAUCGGGGACAAACCAAUCAGCUUCGAGGUUACCAUAGGUAACUAUGGGAGCGAAAUUGACGGCGUGACCAAACCCAAGUCGGGUGGCGGGAAGAGGAGUGGGGGAGACGGAGAUGAAGAGGAGUCAGAGCUGAUCCAAGGCUCCAGUGAUGAAGAGGAGGGGGAUGAUAAUGACCUGGUCUCCGUGUCCUCCACCCCACCCAUGAAACCGGUCAUCACCGACAGAAACUAUUUCCACCUGCCUUACUUUGAGAGGAAGCCAUGUAUUUAUAUCAAGAGCUGGUGGCAGGACCAGAGAAGAAGACUGUACAAUGCCAACAUCAUGGACAACAUCGCAGAUAAACUGGAGGAGGGUCUGAACGAUGUUCAGGAGGUCAUUAAGACAGAGAAGGCCUAUCCGGAACGCAGACUGAGAGGGGUCCUGGAGGAUCUCGGCAACGGAUGCAGUCAAUUUCUGACUCUGGCUAACAAAGACCAGAAUCAGACUGGGAGGACCAAGCUGGACAAGGAGAGACUCAAGUCCUGCAUGAGGGAACUGGAGAGCAUAGGUCAGCAGGCUAAGACCAUCAGGACGCAGGUGAAGAAGAACACAGUGAGAGAUAAGAUCAAGCUGGUUCAGAACUUCCUCCAGAAGCUCAGGUUUCUAGCUGAUGAGCCGCAGCACAGCAUCCCGGACGUCUACAUCUGGAUGAUGAGUAACAACAAGCGUAUUGCCUACGCCCGUGUCCCCUCCAAAGGCAUCCUGUACUCCGGGGUGGACGAGGAGACCGGGAAGGACUGUGGCAAAGUCAAAACCAUCUUCUUCAAGCUACCUGGUAAGAAGGGCUUUGGGGCAGCUGGCUGGACAGUGCAGGCUAAGACAGAGAUUUACCUGUGGCUGGGCCUGAACCGUCAGAGGAAGGACUUCCUGUCUGGGCUGCCCAACGGCUUCGAGGAGAACAAGAUGCUGAAAGGACCUGGCUCGCAGUCUGCUCCCCCCAUCAGCCUCACAUACACGAUGAAGCAGAUCUUCCAGCUGAGGGUCCAUAUGUACCAGGCUCGCAGCCUGUUUGCAGCAGACAGCAGCGGCCUCUCAGACCCAUUCGCCAGGGUCUUCUUCUCCACACACAGCCAGGUCACAGAGGUGCUGAAUGAGACACUGUGCCCCACCUGGGACCAGCUGAUGGUGUAUGACAACGUAGAACUGUUCGGAGAAGUCGGAGAACUGAGGGACGACCCACCUAUCAUCGUCAUAGAAAUCUAUGACCAGGACACGGUGGGCAAAGCAGAGUUCAUGGGCAGGACCUUCGCCAAGCCUAUAACCAAGAUGGCGGAUGAACACUACGGACCUCCACGUUUCCCUCCCCAACUAGAGUACUACCAGAUCUAUAGGGGGAACUGCGCCGCUGGAGAAAUGCUGGCGGCCUUCGAACUGCUGCAGAUUGGUCCUCAUGGUAAAGCUGACCUGCCGCCCAUCGACGGUCCCACAGACAUGGACCGUGGUCCCAUCCUACCUGUCCCUCUGGGCAUCAGACCAGUCCUCAGCAAGUACAGGAUCGAGGUGCUGUUCUGGGGCCUGAGGGACCUGAAGAGGGUCAACCUAGUCGCGGUGGACAGGCCUCGUGUGGACAUAGAAUGUGCCGGUAAAGGAGUCCAGUCUUCCCUCAUCCAGAACUACAAGAAAAAUCCCAACUUCGGCACCCUGGUUAAGAUGUUUGAGGUGGAUCUGCCUGAGAACGAGCUGCUCCACCCUCCCCUGAACAUCAGAGUGGUGGACUGCAGAGCUUUCGGUCGUUACACCCUGGUGGGGAACCAUGCUGUCACCACCCUACGCAAGUUCAUUUACCGGGCAGCAGACAAGCACGCCAACAACUUGAACACUCAAGAGGAGAUCAUUGUCAACUAUGAACCAGAGCCCACCAUCAAGAAGAUGGAGACCAUGGUCAAGCUGGACUCUGGGUCUGAUGCUGUGGUUAAAAUCGAGGAGGAUGAGAAAGGAGGGAAGAAGAAGAAAAGGAAGAAGGGAGGAGAUGAGGUGGAGGAGGAGGAGUUUGAUGAAAGCAUGUUGGAUUGGUGGUCCAAGUACUUUGCCUCGAUCGAAACUCUGAUGGAGAUUCUCAAGGCUCAGGAGGCAGCUAUGGCGGAUGCUGAGGAGAAAGAGGACCAGGAUAUUGCUGCUGAGGGCGGAGAGAUCAAACCUGAUGACUCUCUUGUCAAAGGAAAGAGAGGCAAGGGGAAAAAGGAGAAGAAGAGGGCUGGGCCUGGAGACAUAGCAGAGAAGAAAAAGCACAACAUUGAUGAGCUACAGGUGUACCCCAAGGAGCUGGAGAAUGAGUUUGAUAACUUUGAAGACUGGCUUCACACCUUCAACCUGUUCAGAGGGAAGGCCGGAGACGACGACGACCAGAACAUGGCGGAUGGAGACAGGAUUAUUGGCAAAUUCAAAGGUUCUCUGUGCAUGUACAAAGUGCCGGUGUCAGAUGAGAUGCAGCGGGAGAUGGGCUUUGACUCCAACAUGGGCAUGUUCCAGAACAUUCCAACUAAUGACCCAAUCAACGUCCUAGUCCGGGUCUAUAUCAUCAGGGCUACUGACCUGCACCCAGCGGAUAUCAAUGGAAAAGCAGAUCCAUACAUCGCUAUCAAACUGGGCAAGUCAGAUAUCAAAGACAAAGAUAACUACAUCUCCAAACAACUCAACCCUAUCUUUGGCAAAUCCUUUGACAUCGAGGCCACAUUUCCCAUCGACUCCACACUAACAGUGUCCGUCUAUGACUGGGAUUUAGUGGGCACUGACGACCUGAUUGGGGAGACUAAACUGGAUCUGGAGAACCGUUACUACAGCAAACACAGAGCAAUAUGUGGCAUCCCAUCUAAAUAUGCCAUCCAUGGCUACAACGUGUGGCGGGACCCCCUGAAGCCGACCCAAAUCCUGGCUAAGCUGUGUAAGGAGGGUAAGCUGGACGGGCCACACUACGGCCCUGGAGGACGGGUCAAGGUGGCCAACCGGGUCUUCAUGGGCCCAACUGAGAUCGAAGAUGAAAAUGGUCUGAAGAAGCAGACGGAUGAGCACCUGGCCCUGACAGUGCUGAAGCACUGGGAGGACAUCCCCAGGCUGGGCUGUAAACUGAUUCCAGAACAUGUGGAGACCAGGCCACUCCUCAAUCCUGACAAGCCUGGGAUCGAACAGGGGAGGAUUGAGAUGUGGGUGGACAUGUUCCCCAAGGAUAUGCCUGCACCUGGACCUGCCAUUGAUAUUUCACCCAGGAAACCAAAGAAGUUUGAACUGAGGGUGAUCAUCUGGAACACAGACGAGGUCAUUCUGGAGGAUGAUGACAUCUUCACUGGAGAAAAGUCCAGUGAUAUCUUCGUGCGAGGCUGGCUGAAAGGUCAGCAGGAGGACAAGCAGGACACAGACGUCCACUACCACUCCCUGACAGGGGAGGGUCUCUUCAACUGGCGCUUCAUCUACCCCUUUGACUACUUACAGGCUGAAGAGAAGAUCGUCAUCUCUAAGAAGGAGUCCAUGUUCGCCUGGGACGAGACUGAGUAUAAGAUCCCUGCUCGUCUCAACCUACAAGUCUGGGAUGCUGAUCACUUCUCUGCAGAUGAUUUUUUAGGCGCCAUUGAGCUAGACCUGAACCGUUUCCCUCGUGGAGCGAAGACAGCCAAGCAGUGCUCCAUCAACAUGGUGCUGAAUGAAAAGGAUAUUCCCAUGGUGUCCAUCUUCAAACAGAUGAGGAUCAAGGGCUGGUGGCCCUUCCUGGCCAGAGAUGAGAAUGACGAGUUUGAACUCACGGGGAAAGUGGAAGCCGAGCUGCAGCUGAUGACUGCAGAGGAGGCCGAGAAGAACCCAGUGGGGGAAGGACGCAAUGAACCUGAGCCCCUGGAGAAACCCAACCGUCCAGACACAGCCUUCCUAUGGUUCCUCAUGCCUUUCAAAGCCAUCAAAAACCUCAUCUGCAACCAGUACUUCUGGCUCACGAUCAAGUUAGUGGUGGCCUUGCUGCUGGUGCUCGUCCUGGGCCUCUUCAUCUACAGCAUGCCUGGAUACAUGGCCAAGAAACUAAUGGGUGUCUGAGAGAGAAGGUUGUGUCCUUUGCCCAAAAUCAUAGCCAGACGUAUGUAUAGCCUACCAUGUAUAGCCUACCAUGUAUAGCCUACCAUGUUUUAAAUGCAGUGCCUACUUUGUCUUCAGUGGAGUACAUUUUUUGGUGUACCUUGAUAAGCAAACAUUGUACAAUGCAGCUCAUUGAGACUCCACUUGAUGUCUGAGAGUGUGCUCUUGUCUGUAAAGGUCUACGAUAUCAAUAGGCAGUUAGGUUUCAGCCCUACACACCAGACCCGGGUUCAAAUAGUAUUUAAAAUCAUUUCAAAAUACUUUGCUUGUCUUCAAGGACCAAUAAAAUAGUCAAACUCUAAAUCCCACCCAUCUGUUGCUCUAGGUAGUAUUUGAUAGAUUUUAUAUAGUAUUUUAACCCAAAUCUGCUACACAUAGACCUAUGUAUGUAUAACCUACUAUGAUUUCAGUGGAGGGCAUUAUUUGGUGUGCCUUGAUAGGCAAACACAGCGCUGUGCAGUCCCUUAUGGCUACUGGAAAAAUGCUUGACAUCCUUCACUAGUCCUAUGCUCUGCAGCCAAUUUGUGUGUGUUGAUGUGUAUUUAGGCCUACUUCCAAAAGUUAUAGAGUUGACAUGAUACUGUAGUUUAGUUGUAACACAUAGUUUUAACUUACUGGCCACAGAAUAUUACACUAGCUGCCAUGAGCAUAUCUAUGUCCAAUUCACUUCCAAUGAUCUUAGCUUUAUUUUAUUGCAAACAUAAUGAUUUGAAUUGACAAUA